AUGUCUACGCCUGUCGAUGAAAUACGACAACCUCAUUUUGUACCUCCUCAUUAUCCCGCCCACAACAAUGGCCGCUCGAGUGAUUCAGAUGACGAGGGCACGCUGUCCAACGAGUAUGAUCGCCCAGAGAGGUCUACGACCGAUGACACCCAGGCUCAAAAUUUUCUUGGGGGGAAAACCUCACAAUCCCAGUCACGAGAAGAAGAGCAGCGGCUGGAGGAUGACCUGGCAAUGUUACAAGCAGAGAGGAAGGUGUCAAGGUCCCAAAGCCAGCAAGCACCCAGUGCCCUGACCAGAUCGAUAUCAAUACAUCGGUCAAGGUCCAGGCCGGAACCUGUCGACCAAUUCGACGUCAAUACAAAUCCCAUACAUGAGAAGGCGUCCACCUUCAAACCACCAGAGCACCCCAAUGGGAAUUUUGCCAGGGCAUUCAAGAGGAUUCACGAUUCCAAUUGGCUGAUCCGAUAUUUCAUGUAUAUCGUACCUUUGGUGUUGAUCAUCCUCAUUCCCUUGCUCAUCGGCGGUCUGAUAUUCAAAAGAGCCACAGUGGGCGGAGUCCUCUUGCUUUGGUUCUGCGUUUGGCUCGAGAUAGUCUGGCUCACCCUCUGGGGAGCACGAAUUGUGGCCAAGUCUUUGCCAUGGCCCGCAGGCCUCGUCUCUAGCGUAUUUACCAACAACAGCAAGAAAUGGAGGGACAUGUGCAAGCAACUCGAGAUUCCGGCCACGCUCUUUUUCUGGAUGCUCGCUGUAUUGAUAUCCUUCCUUCCUAUCAUGAUACACCAUCACCUUAAUCGAGAUACCAAGGUUAAAUCCUGGGAAGUGGCAAUGAACAAAGUCAUCGUCUCCAUCUUCACUGGGGUCACCCUGAACUUUGGGGAGAAGAUCAUCAUUCAGCUCAUUGCAAUCAGCUUUCAUCUCCGAACCUAUGCCGACCGCAUCGAGAUAAACAAGUUUCAGAUCGGCAGUCUAACAAAGCUGUAUCAGUAUUCGAAGGAGAAAAUUGCAAUGGAGGACUCGGAUUUCGAGGAGCGGACUCCGUCAGGUUCUGGAGCGCGAACUCCAAUGCAGUAUCUGAACGAUGCACAGAAAAAAACCCAGAACGUUUUCGGAAAGGUUGGUGAUGUAGCUGGCAAUGUCGCUGGUGACUUCACCGGCAAGGCCGUCACAAAGAGCACCCACCCUCGGCAACUCGUGCUUACCUUGCUGUCUUCCCCUUCGCAGUCCCAGGUGCUUGCGCGACGGUUGUACCGGACUUUUGUCAAAGAGGACGCUGAUACUAUCUCUUCGGAAGACUUGAAGCAUGCCUUUGACAAUGAUGAGGAAGCAGACAGCGCUUUUGCCAUGUUUGAUAAAGACAUGAACGGAGAUAUCUCUAUGACUGAACUUGAGGCGGUUUGCGUUGACAUUGGAAAGGAGCGUAAAUCGAUCACAGCAUCCUUGAAAGAUCUGGACUCGGUCGUGGCAAAGCUUGAUGCGAUCUUGCUAUUCUUUGUCCUGAUCAUCACCAUUUUAGUCUUCCUAUCGUUGAUUUCCACAUCGGCUGCUGGCGUUUUGACCAGUGCUGGAUCUGCUGUCCUGGCAUUGUCGUGGCUUUUCUCCGCUACGGCCCAGGAGUUCCUACAGUCCUGCAUCUUCGUUCUCGUCAAACAUCCCUUCGAUGUCGGCGAUCGAAUAACAAUAUAUGGAAAUACGGGUGCGGCACUGAAAGGCGACGAUUAUCUGGUCAAGGAGAUUUCUCUUCUCUUCACCGAGUUCAAGAAGAUGGAGGGUCACAUCGUUCAAGCUCCCAACAGCUAUUUGAACACGCUUUUCAUCCUCAACAUGCGUCGAUCCGGAGGCCUUGCGGAAGCAGUCCCGUUGACUGUCAAAUUCGGCACUACUCUAGAUCAAAUCGAUGAGCUCCGCUCUCGUUUGCUCGAGUACGUGAAAGCAGAGAAGCGAGAGUAUCAACCGAAUAUCUUGACAGAGAUCCGUGACAUCGUCGAGGCGUAUUCUGUCAAUCUCAACGUCGUAUUCUUUUAUAAAUCGAAUUGGCAAAACGAACUACUUCGCCUCCAGCGUCGCAACAAGUUCAUCUGCGCUAUGAUGGUAUCAAUGCAAGAGAUCGGCAUUGAAGGACCACGUAGACGUAUACCCGGGACCAAUGAGGAUACACCAUUCUAUUACCACCAGACUGCUGGCAGAAUCGCAGAAGUUUCGAAUGGUACAAACAACGAACACAAGUCCGAUCCAGGCCCGCGCUCUGGAUCACUCGCUCGCGAUCCAGCUUUUGUUCCAAAUGCGGCCGACAGUCCCGGUAUCGAUCGUAACCGCUCAAUUCUUAGAAAUGGCUCCCGCACGUCGAGACCCCGAGGUGAAUCUAUUUCAGCUAUGUCCAAACGUGUGGACUUUUCUCUCGGUAUGAAAGAUGUCAGCUCUGCAGAUAUUAUGGGUGAUUUAGACGACAAUCGCAGCCAGGCUCGCGUCCCCGAUAUCGGGACAGACUCAACCUCCCGUUCUCGCGAGACCCGAAUCGUCGAGGAGGACGAGGCUAAUCGCCGAGAAGAUGAAGCCACUUUCCGACGAGCAGAGUCUCGCACCGGCAAUAGUCGAUCGCCUUUCGGUUUGGGCCGUCGCACCUCCGCGGAUUCUCAGUCUAAGAUGAGGAGGGGCAACUCGCUCAUUCACCGCAACCGCUUCUUCUCCAGGGGAAAGAGGACAGAGGAAGGAGACGAAGAGAGAGAUUUGAUGGAGCAGGGGAUGGCAGAUAUUCCCGAGGUGGCUGGGCUGCCUGAUAGGAUAGAUCCGCGCACUGGCCUUGUCAGCCCCCAAGCUGUUCUACCAAGCACUGGAUCUGGGAAUUCGGAUGCAUCUAUGCCUGCCGCCGGGCCUACGAGCAGCGGUGCCUUGCAGUCAUUUGAAGAACGCAUGCGCCUUGAACUCCCCGGAAGAAGUCAAACGGAGCAUUUCGAAAUGAGGAAUAUGAGAUAG